UCUGAUAGUUCUUUCACGCGCCGCCCUGAACUUCUUCUUCUUUACAAUUUGUUGUUAGGGUUUUAACGAGGCUGAGCUCACUACUACUACUACAGGUAAAUUCAAAUUCAAAUUCAAUUCUAUCAAUUCAUUCAAUCGAGAUAUCUUUUGAUUUAAUUAUGGCUACAUUGGUGGAUAGAUCUCGAUUCUUUAAUUUCCUUCACAUUCUUCGUCCUUACAAUUACCAGCAAAAGCUUAAUCUCGUCAAUGUCAAACUAAAGUGGGUAAAAGACACUAUACUCGAUUCCGUCGUUUCCAAUGAAAAAGACCUUAUGGCUACUUCCACUUUGAUUUCCAUCCUAUCUUCCUAUCUCAAUAAACACGCCCCAAUCUAUCACUUAACUCGACACAGAGGACUUCUCGAUCUUCCUUACGAUCUCAAAGUCUCCUCCUUUAUCAGAAGAUACCCAUCCAUCUUCAACGAAUUUCAUCUCCCCGACUCUGCAGGUACCCCUGUUCCAUGGUUUCAACUUACCCAAUCCGCCAUUGAUCUCCACCAAGAAGAACUCAACAUUUUUCAACAAUCUAAAGAUGACAUCCUCCAUAGAUUAGUUAAGCUUCUUAUGCUUACAAAGGAAAGAACCCUUCCCUUACAAACAAUUAACCAACUUAGAUGGGAUAUAGGCUUACCAUAUGAUUAUAAAGAUUCAUUCAUUCCUCUCCAUCCACAACUUCUAUCGUUUAUUAAUCUACCCGAUGAUCGGGUUGGCCUGCGACUUCUGUUAUGGGAUGAUAAACUAGCAAUCUCGGAAUUUGAGAAAACAGAAGGGUUAUCUUUCCCUGUUAAGUUCACUAGGGGUUUUGGUUUGAAGAGGAAGUGUAUGGCGUGGUUAGAUGAAUGGCAGAGACUCGAUUAUACCUCGCCUUAUGUGGACAGUUCUCAUCUUGAUCCGAGGACAGAUAUAUCGGAGAAGAGGAAUGUGGGUGUUUUCCACGAGCUUCUUCAUCUUACAUUGAGUAAACAAACGCAACGGAAGAAUGUGAGUAAUCUACGGAAACCUUUGUCAUUGCCUUUUAAAUUUACGAAGGUGUUUGAGCGUCAUCCUGGUAUAUUUUAUAUAUCGCGAAAAGGUGGUACGCAGACGGUUGUACUUAGGGAAGGUUAUGAUUGUGGAGAGGCUGUUGAUAAACAUCCGAUGGUUGAUGUUAGGGAGAAGUAUGCGAGGUUGAUGCAGAAAGGGUUUCUUGAUAGAAGUAAGGGCUUAUACAAGAAAGGUGUUAGUUCGAAAACCCAAUUGAAUGAAGAAGAAGAAGAAGAAGAUCAAUCUAAAUUUAAUAGAGAAAUCGGAUUCUUAUCAAAUUGACCUAUUGUUUCAAGUGUUUAUCCUUGUCAAAUUUAGAAGAAUAUAUGUAUCCAUCCAUAUAUAAAUGUAUAAUUCAUUUAAUUAUAUAUCAAAAAUGUUUGUUAAACA